CCUGAGGAGAGGGUCCGCCGCUCGCUCGCUCGCCCGGCCGCCUGCCCGCCCAAGGGAAACUCCCAGGUCUCGCUCAGCCGCUCGCUGCGUCCCGAGCCGCCGGGGACAUGUCGAGGUGGGCGGAGGCCCGGUGGUCCGGCGCCAGGCGGCGGACGGCGGCCGAGGCACACGCGCCCUCCUCGAGCUUUCCCCGGAGACGCCUCCCUUUACAAACGCCCCGAGCCUGAAGGAGCUGUCACGGCGAGGAGGCCCCGCCGGGACCGAGAGCAGGGAGCGCCGGAUACGCACACUUUGCAGCAGCUGUUGCACAGGGAAUCGCUCUGGAAGUCGAGACAAUGAAGCUGUUGGAGAACUCAAGUUUCGAAGCAAUAAACUCCCAGCUGACAGUGGAGACGGGAGAUGCUCACAUCAUCGGCAGGAUUGAGAGCUAUUCGUGCAAGAUGGCUGGCGAUGACAAACACAUGUUCAAGCAGUUCUGCCAGGAGGGCCAGCCGCAUGUCCUGGAGGCCCUGUCGCCUCCUCAGACCACGGGGAUCAGCCCCAGCAGGCUCAGUAAAAGUCAGAGUGGCGAUGAGGAGGGACCCCUGAGCGACAAGUGCAGCCGCAAGACCCUCUUCUACCUGAUAGCGACGCUCAACGAGUCCUUCCGCCCUGACUAUGACUUCAGCGCUGCCAAGAGCCACGAGUUCAGCCGGGAGCCAAGCCUCAACUGGGUGGUGAACGCUGUCAACUGCAGCCUCUUCUCUGCGGUUCGGGAAGAUUUCAAUGCCCUGAAGCCACACCUGUGGGAUGCUGUCGACGAGGAGAUCUGUCUUUCGGAGUGUGACAUCUACAGCUACAACCCCGAUCUGGAUUCGGACCCCUUUGGAGAGGAUGGCAGCCUCUGGUCCUUCAACUACUUCUUUUACAACAAAAGACUGAAGAGGAUUGUCUUUUUCACCUGUCGUUCCAUCAGUGGGUAUGCAUACACGCGCUCGGAAGCUGGCAAUGAGCUGGACAUGGAUCUUGGUGAAGGGGACACAGAGAACAGGGACGCUGGCGACACCGAGAGCGGCAGCAUCGAGGAGGACAGGUUGCAAGUUAUUUGCAUGUGAGUUUCCAGAACCGCUCCCAGGUGCCUGGCAGCCCUGCCGAACCGCCCUUCUGCCUGCGUCCCAUGGACAGGGCAGCCCUGAGCUCCCGAACUGCCCUUGCCCAGCAGCUGCAGCGUCGCUCUGCCCAACACAUACACUGGAGUACCCCAGGCAUCUUGGAGCACGACAGACUGAAAGCAGCUGCGGCGUCCUGGCUGAAGAUACGUCCCCUCGCUCUGGUGCUGCCGGCCAACCUCCCCUUUCCCCUUGCUCGCGGCUGCUGCGGCACGAGCCGGGGCUUGCCGGACAGCUGUGUGGGAGCUCCAAGAAGCUUUGCUGCACUUUAUUGCUGAUCUCGUUGGCUGCACUGACCUGCAAACUCCUCGUGGCGCUGAAGCUGGGCUGGAUUUCCCUCAAGCACUUUUCCAUACUGGUUGUGACCCAGCAAACGCCAUCCGUCCACAGCACCAGCAGCAGCAGAGGGACACCUCUGCUCAGCCUCCUCCAGAAGCAGUGUUGUUAAACUCCCCACAAACUGUCCUCGGUUCCUUCCCCGGGGAAGAGUCCAUUUGUUUCAAAGAGGUUUGCUUUGCUCUUGCCCUCCCCCUGUGAUUUUUCUCUGAUGUUUUGGUUUGGUUGAUUGGUUGUUUUUUUAUCUUUGCUGGGUGGUGCCAGCGCCCUGCACUGCUCCUGUGCAGGGGUCUCCCACCAAGCAGCCUGGCGGGUGAAUGCCAGACCAGGCACCUCAGCCUGCACCUCUCAUGAUUUUCUUUGGGGUUUUGGUUUUUUUAAACCACACCUGACUUUUGGUAGUGCGGAGGCCAGAGCAUGACGGGGCAGCAGCCACUGCGCUGGGGCCCAGCUCAGCCCUUGCUGGGGGCUGCGGUAUCUGGUUUUGUGUUGGGGGUGAGCUCAGGCCGUGGCGGGAGCCGGGUGCUGCCGCUCCCACCCGCCCUCCAGUUCAGCCCCAUGUCCCCGCGUUCUCUCUGUCCCCCUCAUCCUGCUGCUGUGGGGGUCAGCCCCCUGCUCUGCCCAGGCACCUGGAGUUUUGGGGGACGCAGUUCCCCCCGCUCUGUAUUUCGGCAGGUGCCAGGGCAGGGCAGGGAGAGCUCAGCUGAGCACGCACAAACAAGGGGCAGUGACUGCCGCAGCAUCUGAGCUGCCUCAAAACACAUCCCACCCCCCAAGAGGAGCCUGCAUGGGGCAGUGCCGCUGCCACAGGUUCUCACCCCACCUGUGGCUGCCUGUGCAACCCCUGCCCCUCUGUCUGGGUGUGCCUUGGGGGGGAUCCCCCUCCUCCCUCCCACUGGGGGCCGAGCAGCUUAGAAGAGGCUGGCUGGGGAGGGGGAGUGGGUGCCCCAAAGCUGGAGGGCUUUGCUGGGGGGGGGGGGUCUGCCAUGUCCCUGCCCUGGCCUGGGUGGGAGGUAGGAGGCUCCAGCUGCCGGCAGAGCAAGGCAGGGCCUUGGGGUGCAGAGGGUGGGCAGGCAGACAGACAGAGAGGUACCCCCACUCCUUCUGCUGGUGCCAAGCACACAGAGCUGGGUGCCAGCAGCAGCAUGGUGUUACUGAUGGCGGCUCUCCCUGGCUCCUCCCUUGCUGUAACUCCUCCAAAGCUUGCUUUUAAGUUGGGAGUUUAUUUCCUUGUUGCUUGUCAGGACGGACCUGAGCCCUAGACCCCGCUGCCACCUGGCAAGGGGUUUGGCCCAGUCCUCUCUCUGCUGUCAUUUGCCCCUCUACUAGCGUGCCGCUGUGGCUGCCUGCCCCAUUUGCCCCCUGUCAGGGAACUUGGACUUCACAGCAUAGCAAUGUAUCAUUACACCAAUAAAGUUUUUCUGUCA